AUCCAUACCCCCCCCCUGUUUCCUACCACGAUCCUUCUCUUUUCUACCCACCUUUUGCCCCUUUCCUCCCCUCCCCCCCUCCUUGCCCCCCUGCGCCUUUCUCUUUCACCUUCGAAGUUAUGCAGACGGACGACGUGAGCUCGAUCACCGCCAUGGGCUUCAGCGAGAAGCGCGCGCGACUUGCCCUGGCGUCGACCGGCGGCCAGGGCGCCCAGGCAGCCAUUCUCUGGCUCACCGAGAAUGAGGAUGUUCCCAGUGAUUCGGAACCGGUGUCCUCGUCGAUGGAUGUGGAUCUGACCAGCGAGGCGACGUCCCCCGGGCCGGAUGGCGAUCAGUCCAUCAACUCCUACCAAUGUGACGACUGCAACAAGCAACUCCGCAAUGAGGAUGCCGUGCACUUCCAUGCUCACAAGACUGGGCACACGAAUUUCUCCGAGAGCAGCUCGGUCAUCGCCGAGCUCAGCCCCGAGGAGAAGGCCAAGCGAUUGGAGGACCUGCGUUUGAAGCUGCGUGAGGCUCGCGAAAAGAGGGAGGCCGCGGAGCAGCUCCAGUCGCGCAUGAGCGAGAUUGACCGGCGCAAGACCGGGCGCGAUUCGCAGAAGGCCCAGCAGGAGUACAAGGAGCGCGCGCGGCAGGCGGAACUUGCCCAGUCGCGCGCCGAGCGCAACGCCGACGCCGCGUACCGGGCCCAGCUGAUUGAGCGCAUCGCUCGCGAGCGGGAGGCCCGUCGGCGGGAGCUUGCCGGCGAGUCGGAGCCCACGGCUGCCGCCCCGGCGGCGGCGGCGGCGGCUGCCGCCCCUGCCCCCGCCGCCCCGGCCAUCACCGUGGACCAUUCUUUCGCGCGGAUCCAAGUCCGGAUGACUGGCGCCGCGCCGCUGGUCCUCCGCCUGCCGGCCGCCAGCCCGCUGGCCAUCCUCCGGGACAACAUCCUCCGGACCAUGCCGGACAGCCCGAUCGACCCGCGGUCCCUGAUGCUGAUGACUUCCUUCCCCCGCCGUGAGUUCACCGAGGAUGACAUGAGCAAGACCCUGGGCGAUCUGGGCCUCGUCCCGUCGGCGGCCAUCGUGGCUUCCAUCCGGUGAGCAGCACCCCGGCCCCGAUGGGGGGCAGGUGCGCCAAGCCCUUCCCUCGGCCCUUCUUCCUCCCGCGGGAGUGUCUCUUUCCAGCAUGGCCCUUCUCGCCUGCCUCCCGGCCAGUUGGCCGGGCAGGAGCCUCGGCCGGCCUGUCGGCCAAUAAAAGUCCCCGGCCCCGCCCCACCGAAAGCAGCACCAGGGGCCGCCGCCGCCGCCGCCGCCGCC